AUGGAUUUUGGGAUGAUACUUUCGAGCCCUCAAGAUAAAGACGAUUUGGAAAACAUUUUGAAGAAACAUGAAAUAAAGUAUGAGAUCAAAAUGAAUAAUAUUCAAGAGGCUAUCGAUAAAGAAACAGUAUACAGAAAUACCCGAAAUACUAACAAUUUGACGAAUAUGCAAUGGAAUGUUUACUAUAAGUUAGACCAGAUUUACAGUUGGCUUGAUCAUUUAGUUGAAACGCAUCAAAAUGUAGCUAGUAUUAUAAUCGGUGGUCAUUCAUACGAAGGUCGGGAUAUCAAGGGUAUUCGGAUAUCUCAUGGCGCGGGUAAAAAAGCUAUAUUUAUUGAAGGUGGUAUUCACUCUAGAGAAUGGAUUUCUCCAUCAGCCUCUUGUUAUGUUAUUAAUGAACUUUUACAUAGUACUAAUUCUGAUAUAAGAGCAGCUGCCCGAGAAUUUGACUGGUACAUAUUUCCCGUAACAAACCCUGAUGGAUAUGUUUGGUCCCACGAAGCGAAUCGUUUUUGGCGGAAAAAUAGACGGCCGGUUAAUAAUCAUUUUGGAAUUGAUUUAAAUAGGAAUUGGAACAAUAAUUGGUUGGUGGUUGGUUCGAGCGUGAAUCCGGCAUCGGAUACUUAUGCUGGUUUGGGACCAUUUUCUGAACCAGAAACACUAUCUUUGUCGAGAUACAUAAGAUCAAUGAGCGACAAAAUAGAAUUAUAUUUAUCAAUACAUUCAUUUAGCCAACUUCUACUUUUACCGUUUGGAAAUUCAACCGCCCCUUACGCAAAUUACCAUGAUGCUUUAAAUAUUGGAAGGCGUGCAAUGGGUGCAUUAUCUGUUAGAUAUGGAACUCAAUAUGCUGUAGGAAAUAUAGCAGAAGCCAUAUAUCAAGCUAGUGGAGGUAGUAUAGAUUGGGUAAAAGAACAUUUACAAGUACCUUUAGUCUAUUGCUACGAGCUUCGUGACCGCGGUGAGAACGGUUUCGUUCUUCCCGUCGACCAAAUCUUACCCAAUAACCAAGAAUUCAUGGACUCAGUAAUUGAAUUGAUCUAUCAGGCAAAAAGAUUCGGAUAUAUGAAUAAUAAUGCAAAUGGUGUAAAUGCGCCCAUUUUGAUAAUUGUAGUAAUAGCUAUUGGUGCUUUAUUCAGAAAU